CGGUUAUGAUUUGAAUAAAAAUUUCUCGUUGGGUAAUGAGACGGUUACGGGGCAGGAAAUUAUCCAAUGAGACGAGUACGGUUAUAUGUAAAACCGUUCUCAUCCGCUCAUUGUCAUCCCUAUCGGACACCGAAGUUAAUCAAUUCACAAAUUCAAAUGAACUUAAAAUGGUAUUUUCAUUAAUAGUAUAAACGACAUGGUCAAUAAAGUUGAGCAGUAUAUUCUAGGGCCUAGGCUAUAGGUGAUUGGAGGAGAAGGCACGGAACCCCCUAAAAAAGCUCGUGUUUUGUCAUUCAUCCCAUUGAUCUACGGUGAGUGAUUAGUUACACGUUCAUGAUUUUGUUUGUUCUAUUAUAAAAAUUUACCUUUCAGUUUCAUGUAGACCCCAAUGAUCUUUGGGUUUUCAUCAUUCUUGAACACCCAAUAAUUACAGUACUUGAAAGUUGAUUUCUUUUUUUGAAUUUGUUUUUAGAAUCACAGAAUCUGCAGUUGUGGCUACUGCCAGGAGGCUGCUGUUUUUGCAACCUGGAGAUAGCAAUAUAGCAGACUGGGCUGUGGCUUCUUCCUCUGCCUCUCAUUCCUCUGCCGCCGCAGCUUUUGGGGACCUUUCUUUGGGUUUUAAUGCCGCUCAAGAUUCUGUCAGCGCCGCCGUCGACGGUGGCAGCGCGGCAGCCGCCCAUGAUGGGCAGUGGAGCUCCUCUGCCGCUAGGCAGAUGCAGAUCAACAAUGGGUUGUCGCCGGAUAUGGGAAUGUUUGUGGUGGCGCCGGCAGCCACCUUCCUCCACCACCACAGCGGGUUCAACGGUGGUCAACCCCAACAUUAUCACAGCCAGAGCCCCUCCGGUUUCAUCGGCUUCGACGGCGGAUCCACCCCUGCUCUCGGCGUCGGGGUGGGUGUGAUCCCUUUGGCUGCCGACGACUUGUUUGUGAACACCUGCAACAGAGGCCGCGGUAAUGGAGGUGGAUUUCAGUUGUGGCAGAACCAACAAGCCUCCGCCGCCGUAGCCGCGGCGGAUGCGGCGGAGGGAUAUAACUCUCCAAGGGCUAGCGUUACGGAUAACGAUUAUACCAAGAAAGGGAACGAAGCCGGGGUUGAGCUGCAGCACACCCAGGGAAGCACUUGCGUUGACCGUCAAGAAUUUCCUCCGGUCCACGGCGGCGGAAAUGGGAUUGAGUGUGUCGGAUUUUCAUCAUCUGCGGCGGCGGCCACUUGCCAAGACUGCGGAAACCAGGCGAAAAAGGACUGCAUCCACCAGAGGUGCAGGACUUGCUGCAAGAAUCGAGGGCUGCCCUGUUCCACCCACGUGAAGAGCACGUGGGUUCCCGCCGCUCGCCGCCGCGAGCGCCACCUCUAUUCCAACUCCGCCGUGACGGCAUCUUGCUCGCAGUCCGCUUCUUCCGGCGCGAAGAAACCCAGGCUUGUCCUCGGCAACCAAUCCCAAACAUCGCACACUUCAACGUCGAACAACACGGCUGCGACUGCCACCACGGGAGACAGCGGCGGCGGUUCUAUGCCGAAGCAGGUCACAGCUCCGGCGGAGUUCCGGUGCGUUCGGGUGAGUCCCAUGGACGGCGGAGAGGACGACGAAUACGCUUUCCAGGCGGUGGUGAGAAUCGGCGGCCACGUAUUCAAAGGGUUCCUCUACGACCAGGGGCUGGAUCCAGGCGAGAGCUCCGGGAAAGCUGUAAACCGCUCCGAACAAUUCAACACCGCCACGUCGCCACCCAUAGUUGCAGCUUCAUCUGAAUCGCAUGAUAUUUAUGGGGGCGACGCUGCCACCUCAGCGGAGGUCGGAAUGUUGGGAAUCGGAGGUUCUAACUUUGGUCUUGGAAACCUGUUUCAAUAGGCUGAAUUUUGGUCUGUUUUUCUUAUUUUGUGUGGAUUUUAGCAGUCGUUCUGUUACUGAUUAAAAUCGCUCUUCAAUGCCAUUAAUUUUGACUUUUGACGUAUAAGAUUAUUCGAUAGAGCAUUUUAAGAUGGAUCCAUCUCUGCAUCGUUUUAGAGCAAGGUGGGGGUGCGUGGCUCUUCACAAUUGGCCAAUCGAAAAUCUAAAUUUCAUGGAGAUUUUGGUGUCACUCUUUCAUCGAUCUCAAGGUGGUCCUCGGUGCUAUCUGGUCUGAUGUAGAAGAGAAUCAGAAACACUAUUUAUGGUAAUGACUUUUGGUCAGUCAUGCGAUUUGUUAAACUUGCUUCCCUUGCAAAGGACUCCAUUAAGAAUUUAAGAUGUCUUCAACGUUUUGUUUUAAUUAAAAUUUGACACAUUAGUAUCGAGAUUUGAUUAUUGGAUGGGACACAUGAUAUGUUACUUGUUAAAUUUAUGAUAAAAAUGUUUAGAAAAAAAAUGUUUAGAAGAAUUUAUGAGAUACGAAAGAUUAGAAAUACGGAAAUACCUUCAAGAAAUACGGAAAUACCAAUCCCGGCACCUCGGAAAGGCUGGACGUGGAUGCAUGUGCUAUUGAUUUUGCUCUACAGAAGUUGAAAUAAAUUUUUGAUGUCAUGAUUGUUUUCAUACGGAGUAUUUGCUAAAAUCACAAUCAAGAUCAUCUAUUUAUUACUACGUAUAUUCGGAAUAUGUUUGAUGUUUGUGAGAUCGUUAUUGAGUGCUCAAUUUAUUCAUGAUUCGAAAAAGAAUUUUAUUAACCAUGAGGAAUAAUAUGUUGGGUGUGUUUCGAAAAAAAAAAAAAAAAAAUUUAAUUAACAAAAAUUAAUUAAAUAAAAUGACUAAACGAAAACAGGAAAUAGAUGAAGCAGAAAAUAAUUAAAGCUCGUGCUAUGCAUGAUGUCCUUAAAACGUAUUAGUUGCCCCUUAGGGUGGUAGGAGCGUUGUAAUUUAAUGACUGUUUCCGAGUAUACGAUUACGAGCUAUUCAUUAAGCACUUAACCGAAUAGUUCCAGCAAACAAGAACUAAGUAAGAACACAAAGGAUCGGAGAAAGCUGGAGUGUUUUCGAGUUAGAGAAAUGUGGAUUUCGU